UACUUGCUUGCUCUAUAUAUUCCCGUUUCAUCACCGCCUUCUUUUUCUCAACAAAAUUAUGACAAUCUUUCUUUAAAUUCACUCAUUUAUUAUUUUGCAAAUUUGUUACAAUAAAUUCAUAUUUCUUGAAGGGCGACAAUAACCAACCCAUCAAGCAUGAGGGAAAGUGAAGCUCAGAAGCUCAAUUUCUUGCUCAUUUUCUCACUUGUACUGAUUUUCUGUUUCAAUGGCUCCCAAUGCAGCUCACUGCAUAACUCCCUAAUAUUUGAUCAAAGAGCGGAUAACUUGUUGCCCGAGAUUUCUCCGACCGGAAAUCCUGAACCCCUAUAUCCUCUUCUUGGACCGUCUCCCUUCACAAUCACAAAUAACACCGCCCCAAAGUUAUCAGGCCUCUGUACGCUAGACUUCGAUGCGAUAGAUACCAUGAGGAGCAUUACUGCAACUGAUUGUUUCACGGUAUUUGCACCGUACCUUGCCAAUGUAGUAUGCUGUCCACAACUUGAAGCAACUCUCGUGAUACUCAUUGGUCAAUCCAGUAAAAAAACCAAAACACUUUCGCUAAACUCGACUCACGCUAAACACUGUCUUUCCGACUUUGACCAAAUUCUCACGAGUCAAGGUGCGGAUAACACUUUGCAGCAGAUUUGUUCCGUUGGUCCGUCAAACCUAACCGAAGCUUCUUGCCCAGUAAAAGAUGUUGACGGGUUUGAAAAAAUGGUCAACACUUGUAAGAUUCUUGCUAGUUGUGGGAAGAUUGAUCUUGUUAAUGAGUGUUGUCGGGAGACGUGUCAAAAUGCUAUAUCGGAAGCUGCCAAGGAUCUUGCGUCUGUUUCUAAUGAAUUUGAUGCAAUGGGGAUACGACGUAUGUCGGAUAUCUCGACUCGGGUGAUUAACGAUUGCAAAAGUAUUGUUUUGAGAUGGUUACGUGCCAAAGAAGCCCUUAGAGGUUUAGCUAAUUGCAAUCUUAAUAAAGGAAAAUGUGGGAAAGUGGAUAUUGCGAGGGUUCUUUUCCAAGGUCUAAUUGACAAAGGCUUGCAACUUGAUGUUCGUACAUAUAACGUGAUGAUCAGUGGUUUUUGUCGGGAAGGUCAGUUGGGGGAAGCAAAGUUAUUGUUUCUUAAAAUGGACCAGAGUGGAUGCCCCCCAGAUAAUGUUACUUACCGUGUUUUUCUCCAAGGAUGUCUAAAGAACAAGCACUAUGAUGAUAUAAAGAUGCUUUUAAAGGAAAUGGAUGGAAGAGGUUACUCACUUGAUGCUUCGACUUUAUCAUUAUUUAUAGAUCAGAUAGCAGCUGGUUGUUUAGAUAGAAGUAUGCUUAAGUUGUUAGGUAAGCUUGUCUAAAAAGAAUUAAUGGACCAUCCUAGGUUGUGCACCUGAAAUAGUAUAUGUGGGAUAAGAAAUGGAGACUAUAACUUGCAAAAUGUGGAAAGUGGGAAUCUCUGCUUAAUUCUAUUUGCUGUUCAUGUGCUUGGUUGCUUGACAUGUGGUUUUCAUGUGUUUGGUCAUCAGACAUUCUGCAUUUAAUGAAUUCACAUCUGUGUUUGUUGUAGUUUUGUGAUA